AAAUUAGCGACCAGCUCUCCGAUUUCACAGUUAUCAUGCGCCAUGCCCUCACCAAUCCCCGUCACCCGACUUUUGCCAAAGGAUUUCGGCCUCGAGUUUGGCGCAUGCAGCAGCCCGCUGACCAAAACUGCCAGUGGAUCUACCCUGCGCGUGCCCACAAACAAGUUUCAUGGUAAAGUCGCACACAGGCUCUGGUCCUCCGUGAUCCACUGGCGCGAGCUGCAGGCUCUGGAGCCCAUAGGCAGCGGUGGAUUCGGUACGGUGUUCAGAGGCACAUACUUCGGCGAGACUGUCGCUGUGAAAAAGGUCAAGUGUGUGAAAAACAAACUGGCAUCGAGGCAAAGUUUCUGGGCGGAACUCAACGCCGCGCACCUGCACCAUCAAAACAUUGUGCGCGUGCUCGCGGCCACCACGUGCACUCCUGCGCAUCUCAACACCAAAGACAACAUCGGGACGAUCGUAAUGGAGUUCGCAGGCAAUAUAAAUCUACAGAAGCUCAUUUAUGGGCUCACAGACUUGCUUCCUGUGGAGAAGUGUAUAAAGUAUUCAAUAGACAUCGCGCGCGCCCUCCAGCACCUGCACGCGCACGGCGUAGUGCACCUGGAUUUAAAACCAGCCAAUGUCUUGUUGUCAGAACAGGGUGUUUGUAAAAUCGCAGAUUUUGGGUGCUCGUUUAAAAUAUCCAGCACAAGUGACACCGUGACGCACAUGAAUGAAAUCGGCGGCACGUUUACGCACCGGGCGCCCGAGCUGCUGAAAGGUGAGGAAGUGUCGCCGCGCGUGGACGUUUAUUCUUUUGGCAUCACGAUGUGGCAGCUGCUCACCCGAGAGCCGCCCUAUGAGGGAGACAGACAGUAUAUCCUGUACGCUGUUGUGGCGUAUAACCUGCGCCCUUCGACCAGCAGGAAUGUUUUUACCCAGUCUUCUAUUGGACAGACUUGUCAAAAACUGAUCAGCCGGUGUUGGGACGGCGACCCCAGCAUCCGACCGACCGCAGAUAAGCUCGUCGACGAACUUUCAGUUUUACUGUAAAAUUGAAUCUCCGCGUUUGCAAAAAAAAAAAAAAAAAAUCUUCAAUGAAACGUUUUUUUAUAACAAUUGUUUAAUAUUGUAAAUGUUCGUGUUUUUGUUUUAUUGUGAAGCUAAAUUUUUUAUGCAAAAAUGUUUAAUUAAAUGUUUCCUUGUGUUUAAA